AUGACAGGGGAUUCACGAGACUUCCUGAGAUUGUACGCUGAUACGAUACAUAACGCGCAUGUUUUGGCUGGAGACUUGCACUUUCGUGACUUGCGGCGUGCAUUCGACAUGACAUGCGAUCUGCAACAACAUGUUGUCGGUUUAAUAUACGGACAUCUUAUAAAUUUGGAAGCCGAUAUAAAAAUGAAAAGUAAAGGUAAUAUGUUUAUCGUUACUAAUCAAUGAUUUAUUUUCAGGCACAAGUAUGAACACAGAUAU